CAUUUUGAAGCCAAGAGGAGGAUCAGAUCUGCACAAGAGAGACAAUUGGCUAAUAAUCGUCCAACUAGGGAGCACUGAGUGGAGAGCAUGGCUCACUCCAAGUCACGAGCCACCGAUGGAAGGGUCACCUACCCCCCAGGGGUCAAAGAGAUCUCCGACAAAAUCUCCAAGGAGGAGAUGGUGCGGAGACUCAAGAUGGUGGUGAAGACCUUCAUGGACAUGGACCAGGACUCGGAGGAGGAGAAGGAGCUCUACCUCAACUUGGCGCUACACCUGGCAUCCGACUUUUUCCUCAAGCACCCGGACAAGGACGUGCGGCUGCUGGUGGCCUGCUGCCUGGCCGACAUCUUCCGCAUCUACGCCCCCGAGGCCCCCUACACCUCGCCUGACAAGCUCAAAGACAUAUUCAUGUUCAUCACACGGCAACUCAAGGGGCUUGAGGAUACAAAGAGUGCGCAGUUUAACAGAUACUUCUAUUUACUGGAGAAUAUUGCCUGGGUGAAGUCCUACAACAUCUGCUUUGAGCUGGAGGACAGCAAUGAGAUCUUCACUCAGCUCUACAGAACACUGUUUCAAGUGAUCAAUAAUGGACACAACCAGAAGGUCCACAUGCACAUGGUUGACCUGAUGAGCUCCAUCGUCUGUGAGGGUGACACGGUCUCCCAGGAGCUGCUGGACACAGUGCUGGUUAACCUGGUCCCAGCGCACAAGAACCUGAACAAGCAAGCGUACGACCUGGCCAAAGCCCUACUGAAGAGAACAGCCCAGGCCAUAGAGCCCUACAUCACCAAUUUCUUUAACCAGGUCCUGAUGCUGGGAAAGACGUCUGUGAGCGACCUGUCGGAGCACGUCUUCGACCUGAUCCUGGAGCUCUACAACAUCGACAGCCACCUCCUCCUCUCCGUCCUCCCGCAGCUUGAGUUCAAGCUCAAGAGUAACGACAAUGACGAGCGGCUACAAGUGGUCAAGCUCCUGGCCAAAAUGUUUGGGGCGAAGGACUCCGAGCUGGCAGCACAGAACAAACCUCUCUGGCAGUGUUACCUUGGAAGGUUCAAUGACAUCCACGUCCCAGUUCGUCUGGAGUGUGUGAAGUUUGCCAGCCACUGCCUCAUGAACCAUCCUGACUUAGCCAAAGACCUCACAGAGUACUUGAAGGUAAGGUCACAUGACCCAGAAGAAGCGAUCCGACACGACGUGAUUGUGUCCAUUGUGACGGCUGCUAAAAAAGACCUGGCCCUCGUGAAUGACCACCUUCUGAACUUCGUGCGAGAGCGGACGCUGGACAAGAGGUGGCGUGUGCGCAAAGAGGCGAUGAUGGGGCUGGCGCAGAUCUAUAAGAAGUACUCCCUGCAGGUGGAGGGAGGGAAGGAGGCCAGCAAGCAGAUAUCCUGGAUCAAAGAUAAACUGCUGCAUAUUUACUACCAGAACAGCAUCGACGACAGGUUGCUUGUUGAGCGCAUCUUUGCCCAAUACAUGGUUCCACACAAUCUGGAGACUACGGAGCGGAUGAAGUGUCUCUACUACCUGUAUGCAACGCUCGACCCCAACGCCGUCAAAGCACUGAAUGAGAUGUGGAAGUGCCAGAACAUGCUAAGGCUUCACGUCAAGGACCUCCUGGACCUGGUCAGCAAGCCCAAGUCAGAGGCCUCCAGCAAGGCGGUGUUCUCCAAAGUCAUGGUCAUCACAAGGAACCUGCCUGACCCGGGCAAAGCCCAGGACUUCGUGAGGAAGCUGGCCCAGGUGCUGGAGGAGGACGAACGCAUCCGGAACCAGCUGGAGACCCUGGUCAGCCCGGCCUGCUCCUGCAAGCAGGCGGAGGGCUGUGUGAGGGAAAUCACAAAAAAGCUUGGGAGCCCGAAACAGCCCAGCAACCCCUUCCUGGAGAUGGUGAAGUUCCUGCUGGAGAGGAUCGCUCCAGUACACAUCGAUACCGAGUCCAUCAGUGCCCUGAUCAAACAGGUGAACAAGUCUAUAGACGGCACGGCAGACGACGAGGACGAAGGCGUCCCCACUGAGCAGGCCAUCAGGGCGGGGCUGGAGCUGCUGAAGGUUCUGUCCUUCACCCACCCGGUGUCCUUCCACUCGGCCGAGACCUUCGAGUCCCUGCUGGGCUGCAUGAAGAUGGAUGACGAGAAGGUGGCAGAGGCUGCGCUGCAGAUCUUCAAGAACACAGGCAACAAGAUGGAGGAGAGCUUCCCCCACAUCAAAUCUGUCUUACUGCCGGUACUGCAACAUAAAGCCAAGAAGGGUCCUCCUCGCCAGGCCAAGUAUGCCAUCCAUUGUAUCCAUGCCAUGUUCUCCAACAGAGACACACAGUUUGCACAGAUAUUCGAGCCUCUCCACAAGGGCCUGGACCCAGCGGACCCUGACCAGCUCAUCACCCCCCUCACCACCCUGGGUCACCUGGCCAUGCUGGCUCCAGAGCAGUUCGCCGGCCCGCUCAAGUCCCUGGUGGCCAACUUCAUCGUCAAGGACCUGCUCAUGAAUGACCGGUUUCCAGGCAAGAAGACGACUAAGCUGUGGGUCCCAGAUGACGAGGUGUCUCCCGAGACAUUGGCGAAGAUCCAGGGCAUUAAGCUGAUGGUGAGGUGGCUGCUGGGAGUGAAGAACAACCUGAGCAAGUCUGGCAACUCCACCCUGCGCAUGCUGACGGCCAUCCUGAGCAGUGACGGCGACCUGACGGAGCAGGGCAAGAUGGGGAAGCCCGACAUGUCCCGGCUGCGUCUGGCGGCGGGGUGCGCUCUGCUGAAGCUGGCGCAGGAGCCCUGCUAUCACGAGAUCAUCACCCUGGAGCAGUACCAGCUCUGUGCGCUGGUCAUCAAUGACGAGUGCUACCAGGUGCGACAGGCCUUCGCUCAGAAGCUGCACAAGGGCCUGUGCCGGCUGCGCCUGCCGCUGGAGUACCUUGCCAUCUUUGCCCUGUGCGCCAAGGACCCCAUGAAGGAGCGCCGGGCGCACGCCCGUCAGUGCCUGGUGAAGAACAUCAACAUCCGCAGGGAGUACCUGAAGCAGCACGCCUCCAUCAGCGAGAAGCUUUUGUCUCUCCUGCCGGAGUACGUGGUCCCGUACGCCAUCCAUCUGCUCGUCCACGACCCCGACUACGUCAAGGUGCAGGACAUCGAGCAGCUGAAGGACAUCAAAGAGUCCUUGUGGUUCAUUUUAGAGAUCCUAAUGGCCAAGAACGAAAACAACAGCCACGCGUUCAUUAGGAAGAUGGUGGAGAACAUAAAACAGACGAAGGACGCCCAGGCUCCCAACGAUCCCAAGAUAAACGAGAAACUGUACACGGUGUGUGACGUGGCCAUGAACAUCGUCAUCUCCAAGAGCACCACCUACAGCCUGGAGUCGCCCAAGGACCCCGUCCUGCCCACCCGCUUCUUCACUCAGCCUGACAAGAACUUCAACAACACGAAAAAUUACCUUCCUCCAGAAAUGAAAUCCUUCUUCACUCCCGGAAAGCCUAAAGCGGCGAACGUCUUGGGGGCCGUCAACAAGCCCCUGUCCUCAGCGGGCAAGCAGCUCCAAACAACCAAAUCGUCCCGCAUGGAGACCAUCAGCAACGCCAGCAGCAACUCCAACCCAGGCUCCCCCGGCCGCAACAAAGGCAGGCUAGACAGCGGGGACAUGGACCACAGCGAGAAUGAGGACAUCAUCAGUUUGAAAAAGGACAAGAGGGAUGACUCGGACAUGACAAGGGACAGUGACAAGCCCCGGGGGCGGAAGCGCAAUGCAGCCUCCAGCCAGGACGACGACUCUGGGCAAGACGCCAAGCCUAAACGGGGCCGUAAGAAGGCCGCCAACACCAGCGCGGUGGACACCUCGGACCAGUGGACGGAGGAGUCUCGGGUCGGGGACGUGUCCAUGGAGACAGAGGACGAGCAGAACAGCCCGCCCAAAAAGGGCCGCAGGGGCCGCCCGCCCAAAGCGGCUACUCCCAAGGAGGACACACCCAGCAAGGGGAGGAGGGGCCGAAAGAAGGCUGCGGCUCCGCCCCCUGAGGAGGAGGAGGCGGACGAGGAGGAUGAGGAGGAAGACCAGAGCAGUGAGAUCAUGGAGGUGAAACCCAAAGGAGGAAGGCAGGCGAGGACACCCCGGAGGUCACAGCAGAGGGUAGAAGCCUCAGAGGCCACAGACAACUCUGCUGAGUCCACGCCACAGAAAAGGAGAGGCAGACCUCCCAAAUCAGCACAGCAGCCGGCAAAGAAAACAGCGCGUGGGAGCCGCUCCAGCGCAGGGGCUAAAGAGAACGAGUCGGUCGACGAGAUGGACACCUCCCAACACAGCGUGGAGGAGGAGGAAGAGGAGGAGGACGAGGAAGAGCAGAACGAGAGCGAGUACACCGCACUCAAAGUGCGACGGAAGGCAGUAGGUAGGAGGGACAGAAGAUGAGCGAGAGGAGACGGCGAAAGAGAGGGAGGUGGGAUCCCGAGACACCUGGCCUGCGUGCUUCAGAAAGCCCCGGAUAAGCAGUGGAGCGAUGGCAGAGAGGACGAGCAGAAGCCGGUCGGACACUGUGGAGCCCGGGUGUCAGACGGAACCGUGUCAUCAGAUGCCGCCGUCACGAGCAUUUUUUUGCCACAUACAUCGAUAUCAUUACUCGUGGAUUGUUGUUCAUUGUGAUGUUUCGCUAUGUAGAAAUCUAAACUAAAGGAAAAAAAAUGUAAAUAGUCUCUUUUAUGUCUGUUUUUCCCCUUACUGGGGGGAGUUGUAUAGCUUUUAUCAAACAGCUUUAAAGUGCUUAUCCAUCAAGAUGGAAACUCAGCAAUGGACCUUAAGCAACAUCUGUCAAGUGUCCAGCCCCCCCCACCGCCCCCAAGUCCUCUCCAACCGUAAAGAUAAAGUGAACACUUUGCCAUUUUCACUUUUAAUGUGUGAUAAAUCGUGUACUUUCAAUAUUUUUUAGUUGCAUUCAUUUGUUCACUUGACUGUUUUAGGUGCUACAGUACUUUUUUCUGAGAAAAGGAAGGAAAAAGUCUAACGUCCUUAUGAAGGUGACAGAAAUAAUCAAGGGUUUUUAACGUUUCCUCUUGUGCAUUAGCAUCAGUGUUUCAGGAUGCUCCAAGUACACAUCGAAAAUAAGUGAUUUUUUAAAAUAUUGGCAAUGUGUUAAAAAAUUUGCUUAUUAACGUCCCCACCCAGUUUUAAAGUCUGUUGUACCAAUAAAAUUCUCUACAGAAACUAGAGAUGGCACUGUUCUAAAUUUAUAAAUCCCUAUAUUGAGUUUGUGGACAACAACUGACUUGAUUUGUACAGAGAAAUGCCUGUCAGUCACACACACUGUACGCCUGAAGAUCUCUGUCCUCACUCUG